UCUGUUGAAUCUUCAAGCCCAGGAGGUUCAGCAACAUCUGAUGACCAUGAAUUUGAUCCAUCAGCUGAUAUGCUGGUGCAUGACUUUGAUGAUGAACGGACAUUAGAAGAGGAGGAAAUGAUGGAAGGAGAAACAAACUUCAGUUCUGAAAUAGAGGAUCUUAACAGGGAAAGUGAUAUGCCAAUCCAGGAGCUACUUAGCCGUUAUGGCUAUGAUGGUACCAUUCCACUCCAAGAAGAUGACGAUGAUGAAGAUGAAGAAGAAGAAGAGGAGGAGGGAGAAGAUGAUGAUGAUGUUGAUAAUGAUGACAACAGUGGCUGUAGUGGUGAAAACAAAGAGGAGACCAUAAAAGAUUCAUCAGGUCAGGAAGAUGAGACACAGUCAUCUAAUGACGACCCAGCACCAUCUGUUGCUUCUCAAGAUCCACAGGAGAUAAUUCGCCCUCGUCGAUGUAAAUAUUUUGAUACAAAUAGUGAAAUAGAAGAGGAAUCUGAAGAAGAUGAAGAUUAUAUUCCCUCAGAAGACUGGAAAAAGGAAAUCAUGGUGGGCUCUAUGUUUCAAGCUGAAAUUCCAGCUGGCAUAUGCAAAUACAAAGAGAAUGAAAAAGUGUAUGAAAAUGAUGACCAGCUGCUGUGGAAUCCUGACUUCAUAUCAGAAGAUAAAGUGAUCGAGUUCCUAAAUGAAGCAUCAAGGCGUACUGGUGAUGAGAAAGGCCUAGAUGCAAUUCCUGAAGGAUCACAUAUUAAAGACAAUGAGCAGGCAUUGUAUGAACUGGUUAAGUGCAAUUUUGAUACUGAAGAAUCAUUACGAAGGUUGAGAUUUAAUGUAAAAGCAGCCAGAGAAGAAUUAUCUGUUUGGACAGAAGAAGAAUGUAGGAACUUUGAACAAGGACUGAAAGUCUAUGGCAAGGAUUUUCAUGUGAUUCAGGCAAAUAAGGUACGAACAAGAUCAGUUGGUGAGUGUGUAGCAUUUUAUUACAUGUGGAAGAAAUCAGAGCGUUAUGAUUUCUUUGCGCAGCAGACCCGAUUUGGAAAGAAGAAAUACAAUCUUCAUCCUGGUGUAACAGAUUAUAUGGACCGUCUCCUGGAUGAAAGUGAAAGUGCUGCUUCCAGUAGAGCUCCGUCCCCUCCUCCUACAACUUCCAACAGCAGCACCAGCCAGUCUGAAAGGGAAGACAGCACAACCAGCAACAGUAAUCAGAAUGGCGUGUCUGCUAAUGGGCCAGGUGAGAUACCAAAUAAAGAUGAAGCAAAAAUUGAAGGAUUGCAUGUAAAUGGACCUACCAGUGGCAAGAAAACACCUCACACGGAUCUGGAUACAAAUGGGUAUGAAACUGAAAACCUUUCCAUUGAUCCAAAACUUGCUCAUUCAGCUUCAAGAAACGAAAAUGAUUUUGAAGAAAAAAACGAAAGACCUCUAAAAAGAAGAAGAAUUAACAGCAAUGGAAAAGAGAGCCCAGGUUCUUCAGAGUUCUUCCAAGAAGCAAACUCACACGGGAAGCUUGAAGAACUAGAAACUUUGGAUGACUGAAUACUAGGAGCUGAUUUUAUUCCUUGGAGUAAAUUCUGGGUGUCUAAAAUUUUCAGGGUUGAUGGGUUACCUUACAAAAUCCAGUUCCGUAAAACAAUCUGCUGAGGUUUUUUCUAAUACCUUCUACUUGGCUCUUAAGAUCUGAUUAUUUGGUUUUUUCCAGUGCUGAAAAGCAGUAGGAGAAUAUUCCAUUUCUCAGAGCUGGCAACUGUAGUUCUGGGAACUCUAAGGCUCUUAAAAAUAUUUGAGAAACAAAUCGGUGAGUUUCUGCAAAAAUACUCCCAGCCUAAUAUGUUAAAGAAUCUUCUGUGUGUAAUACAUCAUUUAAGCAUUGUACAAGUGAACAAAGCAUCCUAUUUGAAGCAGGGGGCUGGUUCAAAUGUUGCAGGAAGUUAAAAUGAAAUACAGAAUGCCAAGACACGCAUCAGAGUAGGCACAGAGACUUCCACUCAUGCUAGUGAGAGGAAAGUGUCAUCCCAUUGUUAAGGAACCCUUAUGAAUCCUGAAAGUUACGAGCACAACUAUUUUUAUAUAUAGAAGUUUUAAAAGGUAAAUAAAUAAACCAGGUCAGGUUUGUAUAUGUAAAAUUGUUGACAUCAAUGAUGUCUUUCCAUAUUCUUUAUCUGGGCUAAAGAAAUACAUUCUGUAUUUUUCCAGAUUUCUUUGUAGCCUUUGAAAGAUUUUUACAGUACUUAUGUCUUGAUUGAACUGUCCUUUCUUAAAACAAAAGCUUGUAUAAUUUUCUUAACUUGUACAGUUGGUAAACUUUUAUGAGAGAAUUGAUAUCCUGAGUCUAAUGUCAGCUUCAUUUUAUUUUGCUGAAGUCUUUUCUAAAAAAAAAAAACCAACAA